AUGGACUUGAUGAACCUAUCACACACCAACAAGUUCCAUAGCGUCAAACUUGAUGGGUACUGGCACAGAUUUGACGAUUCGGAUAUCCUUUGUUCUAGUGCCAAGAGAUCCCACACUCUUAUAUUGGGAAACGUUGUGAUAUCUGAUCUUGUCCUUAUUCUGCAGGACGAUCAUACAAUCCAAAAUCUAAAAACACUGGAAUAUUUUGAAGACGACGUGAACCGAGAAUCCUUUAUUAGCAAUGAAGGUGAAGGUCGACUGGUGAUGGAGACUCUUGCUGAGUCAGAGAUUCUUGCUUCGCUUGGAUUCAGAACUAUAAUGCCACCAAACAUGAACCUUGUUCAUGGUAAUGCAGAAAAAGAACAAUCUAUUUGGACGGACAGAGGUGAUGACCCGGAGGCAAAAUGGGUCAAGAAUACUACUGUGAGGGAAUUGUACUGGAGUGGAACAAACAACAAGAGGUGGGAUUGGGAAUGGCCUCCAUCAGCAGUGGUCGGCACAUUGCUUGAUGGCUUUGCCAACCUGAAAAGAUUGACUCUGAAGCAUUGCGGUUUGCACAAAUUGGACAGCUUGAUUCUGUUUCUGGCUGUGGAGGAUUGCUGUUGGGAUAUGACGAAAUAUGAGUUUUUACGUUCCAAAAGAAACUAUUCAAGUACAAGGUUUUCGACACGUGCGAUCGGGAUUUGA